CUUGCAAGUCUCAAGGUGGCAACGACACGAAAAUGAGAACCCUGUCUAUGUUUCUAUCUUCGUUUCCUUUGACUCGUCUUUCGACCAGGUUUCGGAGAUGAGCUUCCUCAAAGGAGUCAUAGACUCUUUAGGGGCUAUUUUUUCCAAUUCCAGUGCCGAUUCCUCAUACGAGUCUUCCUUGAACCCUAGCUUCUCUGAUGAUCGAAAGAUGGAUGGUGUCGUAGCUGGAACUUCAAUUUCGAACGAACGAAUUGCGUACAAGCUCAGAGGCUACUUUGAUUUAGCUAAGAUAGAGAUCGACAAGGCGAUUAGGGCCGAGGAAUGGGGCUUGGUGGAUGAUGCCAUCCUUCAUUACAAGACCGCUCAGCGUAUCUUGAUGGAAGCUAGUUCUAUCUCGGCCCCCUCCUUCGUCAGCUCUAGUGAAAGAGAGAAGGUGAAAUCUUACAGUCAAAAGAUAUCAAAAUGGCAAGAUCAUGUUUUAGAGAGAUUACAAACACUAAGUCAGCGAGCAGUUGGAGCAUCUACAAGUAAGAAAACCUCAAUAGGUGCACAGACUCUGGCAAUUUCACCUACUGUUUCUAAUCGUAGGAAAAAUGCUUUACAGAAGUCUCCUGGUUCCGCUGGAAAUAUUCCAGCAGUGAGGAGUCAGGUGGAUAAAGUUGUCAGUUCAAAACCUAUUCAAGAGCCUGGUCUUGGUCUUGAUGAAAAAUUGGUUGAAAUGAUAAACACUGUGAUCGUUGACAGAAGUCCUUCUGUUAAAUGGGAUGAUAUUGCUGGCCUCGACAAGGCAAAACAAACAUUAUUGGAAAUGGUUAUCCUGCCAACUAAGAGGAAAGAUUUGUUCACUGGCCUUCGAAGGCCACCCAGAGGUUUACUUCUAUUUGGUCCACCUGGUAAUGGGAAGACGAUGCUUGCAAAAGCCGUUGCUUCUGAGUCAGAGGCAACAUUUUUUAAUGUUUCUGCAUCUUCCUUAACAUCAAAGUGGGUGGGGGAGGGUGAGAAACUUGUCCGGACUCUUUUCAUGGUUGCUAUAUCAAGACAGCCAUCUGUGAUUUUCUUUGAUGAAAUGGACAGUAUUAUGUCAACAAGGUCGGCUAAUGAGCAUGAUGCAAGUAGAAGAUUGAAGUCAGAGUUCCUAGUGCAGUUUGAUGGGGUUACCUCUGAUCCUGAUGAUCUAGUAAUUGUCAUUGGUGCAACUAAUAAGCCACAAGAAUUGGAUGACGCAGUUCUAAGGAGAUUGGUGAAGAGAAUAUAUGUGCCUUUGCCAGAUGAAACUAUAAGAAGACUUCUUCUGAAAAACAAACUGAAGGGCCAAUCAUUUUCCUUGCCUUGGGGUGAUUUGGAAAGACUAGUGAAAGAGACAGAAGGAUAUUCUGGGAGUGAUUUACAAGCCUUGUGUGAAGAAGCGGCCAUGAUACCUAUUAGAGAGCUUGGUGCAAAUAUUCUCACUGUCCAGGCAAAUCAGGUAAGACCGCUGAGAUACGGAGAUUUUCAAGAGGCAAUGACUGUUAUCAGACCAAGCAUAGUGAAAAGCAAGUGGGAAGAGCUUGAACACUGGAACAAAGAGUUUGGGUCUGGUUAAACCGCUUUUUGAAAGGUAUACUGACUCAGCCUGUGAGGAGGGAAAAGAGAAAAAAAAAAAAAUUCAAAUAAAUUAUGUGAAUUACAUAGAUUGUACUCAAAUCACAUUCUGUGAAUUUCACUAUGUAAGAUGGCCUGGGAAUAAUUUUUGUAGGCUGUAGCAUGUGGGAGAGCAUUGCAGAUGCAUUUCCAAUCUAAUUAUGCUCCAUUCUUAACUGAAAGUAAUGUCCUAUUUGAUUUUGUUUGAUG